AUGCAAAGAAAUAGAGAUUGGGAACCAGUUUCCAUUGGCUUGGCCUUAACUGUUGGUCCUGCUUUGAUUGGUGGUAUUAUCACCUUGGCUAAACAGAUUCACAAUACUAUUGAAACUUAUUGUGCAAAUCAAACAGAUUGUAUUGAAUUGAAUGAGCAUAUUUAUGAAGUUGUUGGUUGUUUAGAGCAUAUUCAAUGUGAUGCACAAAUUUCUAAACAAUUAGAACAACCAAUGUUAACCUUACAAGAUUGUCUUAUAGAUUGUGUAGCAUUAUUAGAAAAAUUUACUAAUGCAUCAACCAUUGGACAAGUCUUACGUAGUCGUCAUUAUAAAAAAGAAUUUGAAAAACUUAAUAAUCAAUUAGACAAAUGUAAAAAUCGUCUGUUAUUCGUUAUUCAAAUUCGUAGUUUGCCAACCAGCCAACAAAUAUCACAUUUAACAACACCUCAAUUAGAUUUAGAUGGACAUCAUAGACGAAAACAUAUGGAUCAAUCAAGACACACACCAAUGACACCUUUUGUUAAACAUGUGGUGAAACAAUCUCCAACAAUCGAUCAACAUCAAAGCAGGCAUAUACAUCAUUCCAAAAAUCAUCAUCAUCAUCAUCAACAUGAACGCCGUGCAUCAAAAGUACCAAGAUCAUUAGUGAAAGGUGUGAAUCAUCACUAG